AUGUUGGUGGUCACUGAGGUUUGGCCCCACCCUCAGGCCUUCUCCCUCCUGAUACCUGUGAGAAGGUGCAGUCCCCAAGCGCUGACAAUGGUGAUUGCUGGUAACCUGGCCUCAGCCCGGUACCUGCGAAAGAUGUGGGCCACUCCCCACCCGAGUUCCCAAGUGCUGACAAUAGCGACCACCAGUAGUCUGGCCUCAGCUCUCCCCCAGCUUCUCACCACUGCACCCCGCGCCCCUUCUAGGGACCCCAAGCCUGAGAGGAGAGCACAUGGGUGCUUUUCUCCGGCACCUCCACACUCUCUAUGUGGGAGCCUGAGACAGGCUUCUCGCCACCGCACCCGAGCCCCCCCUAGGGACCCCAAGCCCGAGCGGAGAGCACAUGGGGGCAAUGUACUUAUCAGCUGCCAGCCUCCUGGAAGGAGGAAUAUAUUGGGAACGGUGCCUGCACGAGCUCCAACAAGCCCUGGUGAUGUCAGCCCCAAACCAGUGUGCCUAAAGUUUGUCCCGACCUGUUCUGCCAACGGCCCAGAAGUCCGGCAGGAUCACCCCCUCAGCGGCCAGGCAACCCCAAACAGCUGGGGCAAGCAUCAGGGGGUGGCCCUGACUUCGGGAACGAGACCGUCCCAGAAUCCGGACGGGGGCUCCCGGCGGGGCAAAAAGGGGCGAGGGAGGCCCCGGCUAGGACCAGAGUCAGGAGGUGGGGACGCCUCUGGGUCGCGAGGCUCAGAAAACCGGCGGCCGAGCAUCCCCUCUCUUUGCGGGCCCCUCGCCUCGCCUCGCCUCGCCUCGGCACGGUCCCCUCGGCACCCCGACCGCCCCUGCUCCCCGCCUCGCCGUCUCGGGGACCGCACGGGCUCCCGCGUUCCCGCGCCGCCCGUCGAGUCGCGGGGAGGGAGUCCGCGAGAGCCCGGGACGGGGACGGGACGGGGCCUGGGACGAGGACGGGGACUGGGACGGGGACGGGGACCGGGAAGGGGACGCGGACGGGGACGGGACGGGGCAGGGCGCGGGGUCCGCCUCUGUGCGGGCGGGCGGGCGGGCGGGGCGGGCGCGGGGCGGGCCCAGACGCAGCCGGUGCCCGCGGGACGGCCCGAGGCGCCCGACCGAGGCAGGAUGCGCGGCCGGCCGCUGCUCGCGCUCCCGCUGCUGCCCCUGCUCCCGCUCCUGCUCCCGCUCGGGGGGCCGCUGCCCGCUGCCCCGGCCCCCGCGGCCGGCUGCCCGGGCGCCCCGCUGCCCCACCGCGCGCUCCUCGACGCCGCGGGCCAGUACUGGCUGCGCUGGGGGCCGCGCGGCGCCCGCCUGGCCUUCCGCCUCGAGGCGCGCACGGCCGGCUACGUGGGCCUCGGCUUCUCGCCCUCCGGCUCCAUGGCCGCGGCCGACCUCGUCCUGGGCGGGGUGGCCCACGGCCGCCCCUACCUGCAGGAUUAUUUUACAAAUAAAAACAGAGAAUUGAAAAAAGAUACUCAACAAGACUACCACCUAGAAUGUGCCAUGGAAAAUGGUACACAUACAAUAAUUGAAUUCACCAGAGAACUGCAUACAUGUGACAUAAAUGACAGGAGUAUAACGGAUAGUACUGUUAGAGUGAUUUGGGCUUACCACCAGGAAGAUGUGGGAGGAGCUGGUCCUAAGUACCAUGGUUCUAAUCGUGGCACCAAGAGUAUGCGGCUAUUGAAUCCUGAGAAAACCAACAUAUUGUCUACAACCACAUCAUAUUUUGAUCUGGUAAAUCAGAACGUCCUUAUUCCAAACAAAGGUACGACUUAUUGGUGCCAAAUGUUUAAGAUUCCUGUGUUCCAGGAAAAACAUCACGUAAUAAAGGUUGAGCCAGUGAUACAGAGAGGCCACGAGAGUGUGGUCCAUCACAUCUUGCUCUAUCAAUGCAACAGCAACUUCAAUGACAGUGUCCUGGACUAUGGCCAUGAAUGCUACCACCCUAACAUGCCUGAUGCAUUCCUAACAUGCGAGACUGUUAUCUUUGCCUGGGCCAUUGGUGGAGAGGGUUUUUCAUAUCCACCUCAUGUUGGAUUAUCUCUUGGAACUCCAUUAGAUCCUCAUUACGUGCUCCUUGAAGUCCAUUAUGACAAUCCGACAAAUAAGGAAGGUUUAAUAGAUAGUUCUGGACUGAGAUUAUUUCAUACUACGGAUGUAAGGAAUUAUGAUGCUGGGGUGAUUGAGGCUGGCCUUUGGGUUAGCCUCUUUCAUACCAUUCCUCCAGGGAUGCCUGAAUUCUUGUCUGAAGGUCACUGCACCCUGGAAUGCCUGGAUGAGGCACUGGAGGCUGAAAAGCCAAGUGGGAUCCACGUAUUUGCCGUCCUUCUCCAUGCUCACCUGGCUGGCAGAGGAAUCAAGCUGCGUCACUUUCGCAAAGGAGAGGAAAUGAGCCUACUUGCUUAUGAUGAUGACUUUGACUUCAAUUUCCAGGAGUUUCAGUAUCUAAAGGAAGAAAAAACGAUCUUACCAGGAGAUAAUCUGAUUACCGAAUGUCGUUAUAACACUAAAGAUAGAACCCGGAUGACAUGGGGGGGACUGAGUACCAGGAAUGAAAUGUGUCUUUCAUAUCUUCUUUAUUACCCAAGAAUUAAUCUUACUCGAUGUGCCAGUAUUCCAGACAUUAUGGAACAACUUCAGUUUAUUGGUGUUAAGGAGAUCUACAGGCCAGUCACGACCUGGCCUUUCAUUAUCAAAAGUCCCAAGCAGUAUAGAAACCUAACUUUCACGGAUGCAAUGAAUAAAUUUAAAUGGACUAAGAAAGAAGGUGUUGUCUUCAAUAAACUUGUCCUCAACCUGCCUGUGAAUGUGAGAUGCUCCAAAACUGAUAAUGCAGAGUGGUCGAUCCAGGGGAUGAUAGCAUCCCCCCCAGAUAUUGAAAGACCCUACAAAGCAGAACCUUUGGUGUGUGCAAUCCCUUCGCCCUCUCUGACAUACAGGCACAACUCUCUCUUGCUAUUUGUGUGCCUGCUGGGGUUCAGCAUGUGCCCCUGGUCCUGAAUUCUGCCAUCCUUGGUGACAAUGUGUUUCAACAUCCAAGACUGCAACUUCAUGUGCAAGUUAAAAACACUUUGGUUUUGAAGUCUGGGCAUGAAGAUCCUCUUCCUUUCAAGCACGUUUUGUCUUCCUGGAUCCACUAUUCCAGUGCCCAGGAGAGAAGUUAUUCUGGUUUUCCUUUUGUCCUCAGAAAUCUCUGAUUUCAACCACAUGCUAAAAGCUAUUAGGCAAAACUAGCUUGGUUGGAUAAAAUAUAUUUUUUUAAUGUUGGGAAAAAUUAUGGUGAAAAGACAUUAAAGGAAUAGUUUACUUCCUUCUGCAGAAUUUUUAAAUGAAAUGGACAUUGUUGUUCUUUUGUCUUUUUAUUUGGGUUCAUACUCCUUUCAAAAAUGAGUUACAUUAAAAUAAAAGGAAGCAUACUCCACGA